AUGACUCUGACUGAGACGACCCCGCGACCACCACCACACCGCCACACCGCCCUCCCCCUGUCCGCGCGCUCGUCGCCGCUCUCCCCCGUUCGCCGCAGCGCGCCACUCACACCCGUCAUCCCGCACACUCCGCCACACGUCACCCCCUUCCAUUCCCACCUCCCCGCCAUGACCGACAUGCCGCUGAUCGGCUCCGCCGUCAAGUCUGCCGGCCGCCGGCACGCCACUCGCGCUUCGUCGUCGUCCGCGCACUCCCACCCUCCCGCGCUCGACCCCACCUCCCCGGACCACCCGCCCAUCCCGCCCCCCUCCGCUGCCUCCUCCGCGCUCGCGUCGUGCGCGUCACUUCUCCGCUUCACUCUACCCGCCAGGCCCGCGUCUCUCCCCUCCACGCCCGCCGCCGCCAGCAGCGGCAGCAGCGCCACCCACGCGCACGGCGGCGCGCACGGCGGCGGCGGCGCGAACGGGUGGACGGUGUGCGGGUGGCGGGUGUCGCCGCGAUUGGUGGCGUCUCUUGCGCUCCUGUCGCUCACGACGAAGCUCUGCGGCUUUCUGCUCCUCACCUACUUCCUCGCCUCCCGCCCCUCCCCACCGCACAGCACCGCCUCCGGGGCUGCUCCGGGUGCACCAGGUUCGGCAGUAGCCGCAGGCUCAGGGAACGGCGGUUCGGGUGCCAGCGCGGGCGAGGUUGUGCGACUAGGUUCGGAAUUGGCGGUGCAGGCAGGAGCGUCUAGGGAAUCGCGUGGGGUGGUGCGAGUGAACGCGCAGGGCGUGUGCUCGCCUGCCUGGCGGGAGCAAGUCAGGCAGCACUUUGGCGCAGGGGGGAGAGGGGAGGGGGAGGCGGCAGCGAGGGAGCGGGAGGGGCGUGGUGAGAGGGGUGGGGGUGGUGAGCGGGAAGGGGCGCGGUUGGGGAGAAGAGAUGGGGCGGAUGGCAGGAGGUUACUGGCGGAUGGGAGGCGUGAGGAGGGGGGGGAGUGGAAAGGGGAGGAGGUGGGGAGGGUGGUGGAGGGGAUGAUGGGGCGGCUGUGUGACGAGGGCCUGCCGUUGGCAACUGCGCUGUUCGGUGUGAACCACUCCACACAUGCCACCGUGCACCUGGCAUGCACGGAUGCCACUGCCUCCUCCUUCCCCUCCUCCUCCCCACCACCCACCACCUUCCUGUACGCAGCAGCAGUGCCAGAGCAGCUCAGCAAGGCCAAAGCCCACCUGGUGGAGCUCGCCGCACUGGCACGGCGCUUCAACCGCACGCUCAUAGUGCCGCGCGUGGGCCACAGCCGCGUGGACUUCACGCGCCGCUUGCCCUUCUGCGCCUACUUUGACGCGCCUGCGCUGCAGCGCUGCGGCGUGCACUGGGUCACGGAGGACUGGUUUGUGGAGUACGUGCGGAGGCGAGAUGUUGCCGCUCUGGCGUCCUCGGCUCACGCCUCGGUCGUGAUGGCGGGGUCCGUGGGUCGCGACCGCGCCUUGGAGGCAACCGCGGAGAGCGCUCAGCCCGUUGCGCCGCCGAACCCAGAGCCUGCGCCUCAGCGUCCCCAAGUGCAAGCCCGUCCUGCUGCGUCGGCGCCCGUGCGCCGUCUCGAGCGCGGGUUGUCUCUUCCGCUGCGCGGGGGGGAUCUCGCGGCGGAGGUGGGAGGAAUAUCAGCGGGAGCUUCGGGACCGCGACCGCCGCUACCGCUCUCCUCAGAGGUCGCCGGAAAAACACUCCCCGCGGCAGCGAUCCCCCCAUCAGUGGCCGCAGCGCCGUCGCCUCCGCGUCGGGGUCGCGGUGCUCACGCGGGCCGUUGGGAGUCUCGUCGCAGGGAGCCCUCCCAGCCCCGUCCUCAGUCGGCUGGCUCUGGCGGACGUCGUGGGUGGAGGAAUGGUUUUGCGCGCAGCGGGGGUAGUCGCGGUCAAGGCACUGCGGCUGACCGCGCGGGGAAUAUGGUGGCGGAAGCAGUGCGAGAGGUGCAAGCGGCGGGGGCAGCGGCUCACGUUCAUGUGUCUGUGAACACUGAGCCCCCCGCCAGUUCCAUUGCGGGUGAUGCGGCUCCGCUGCGCCCGCCGACAUUGCGGGAGUAUCUGCCAGCUGCAGCGGCGAGGGGGCCAUUCCGCGGACGUCGCCUAGCUCCUGGCUUCCCGGCUCCUCACAAUUCGUUGGGCUACGGUCCGGGCCAGAUGGUGGCGUUUCCGCCGCGUGGAGUUCCGGCUGCACCUCUCCCCAGCCGCGCGGGGAGAGACCCCACGCUGAGUAUGUGCCGGAUGUGGAAUUUGGCGGGGGCGGCUGAGGGGGUGGCGAGCCUGCAGCUGGCGGCGUGUGAGGCCAUGCGUCACACACCGAGCAGUUUUGCUCAAGGGCCCCAAGGACAGUGCGUCGCCUGGGCAGGAGAGAUUGUCCCCCUUUUAUCGCCCGUGUCGGAUGCGCCCGCCGGGGUAGCGCCCUUAGCCCGUACAUUCCCCCGCCUCGCUCUUGAUCUUCACGCCGCUGCUCAGCACGGGACCCCUGUUGACACUCUUCGCUUCUCGGCGGAGCUUCUUCACGCGAUGGCGGGGUGCCUUCUCGCGAUGCUUGAGGCGGAGGGGGCUGGCCUGUACACGCAGUAG